AUGUUCAGACAAACCUUCCGCCAGGUCGCCAGACAAUCCAGCAACGUUGUGAGAAGAAGCUACGCCACCGAGGCCUCCUCCUCCGACGCGUUGAAGUUGUCGCUUGCCCUUCCUCACCAAACCUUGUACUCCGAGUCGGAAGUGCAGCAGGUGAACGUGCCCUCCAUCAACGGAGACUUGGGUAUUUUGGCCAACCACAUUCCUAUUGUUGAGCAAUUGAGACCCGGAAUGUUGGAGAUCAUUUCCAAGGGCGGCGAGACCGAGCUGUACUUUGUCAGUGGAGGUAUCGCUACUGUGCAGCCCGGCAACAAGUUGACCAUUUCUGCCAUUGAGGCGUUCAAGCCGGAGCAGUUCGACGCGGCUGAGAUCAAGUCGUUGAUUGCCGAUGCUCAGAAGAGAGCUUCUUCUGCCGAUGAGGUGGUUGCAGCCGAGGCCACCAUUGAGUUGGAGGUUUUGGAGGUGUUGCAGCACGUUGCCAAGUAA